UGAAAGACUCCGCCUCGACGCUUUGUAAUUGGUUGACGGAUUACCAAUCCGGCUCACCUAGUGGCCCAUUUCCACAGUCAGUCACACACUAUACCCGCCCUCAAUCGGGUUCUUCCUGCAAGGAAUAACUUGACGCCAUUUUGAAAAGCGUAAAACCAAAUUUCCCGCCAUAUUCUCUCACAGCCGCUGACGAUACUCUUGCAGGUGAUUGUGGGGCGUCCAUAUGGGACUGUAGGGCGAGUUUAUGCGGAGAGGCAGCUGCUGCAGUAGUACAGACGUGUUGGCCCCUUGUACUCCCCAAGAUGGCGGAGGCUCAGCGAGAGGUAACGGAGGGAGACAGUGAGGCUGAAGAGGAGGGGGAAGAGGCGGCGGAGGCACCGGCACAGAGAGAGACAAAGAAGGGGAUUCCUGCAGCCGGAAGGGAUAAAGCUGCCCCUGAGCGGCGGGACUCGGUAUCGCCCCAUCGGGACACUGCCCCCCAGCCCCCCAGCCCGGGCUCCAAGCGGCUUUCCCCACUCCCACUAACCGCAGCCUAUCGCGGCUCCUCGCCUACCCCUUUCCCAAGGCCCAGCCCAGCCAACUACCGGGAAGGAGCGCCCUUGUGCAGUUCCACAGCUUUCCCUUCUUACAGCGGGGCCCCGGCCGCACCACCAGCAGCGCAGCCUGCCCCAUCCCUGUCCAGCGGGGUCAACCUGUUCGCCAAUGAUGGCAGCUUCAUGGAGCUCUUUAAGAAGCAGAUGGAGGCCAAGGCGGGCGAGAGCAGCGGCGCGGCCAGUUCCGCAGGGGAGGAACCAAAGAACGUCGAGAAGAGCGCGGAGGCGGAGAAGCGGAAGCCCAUCAGCAUUUCUUCUGUCCCUUCCACCCCCAGGUGGGCAAGCGUAGAGGAGGGGCAAAGCUGGCCCUGAAGACGGGCAUUGUAACCAAGAAGCCAAAGAAUGAAGAAGAGGAGGUGGUAUCUAACAAAGGAGGGGCUUGGGCCCAAUACAUGGCAGAAGUGAAAAAGUACAAAGCCCACCAGUGCGGCGAUGACGACAAAACGCGCCCGCUGGUCAAAUAACAAAUCCGGGGGAGACUUGCAGGCUGCACAGCCCUUCAGGAGGCCCAGGAUGGCCGCUUUGGAGCCACUAUAACAACACACUAUCAUUUCCCCCACCCUCGCAACUUUGUUGCAGGCUUGUGGGCCCCUGGUCUUAAGGUUUCUGGCGGACCCCCGGCACCCCAGCUUGUCUCGCUUCCCCCACAUUAUGCAUUCUGGAUACAAAGACACUUUAUCAAAGUGAGAGAAAAGACUUUCCCCCCAAGUAACCUUAAAAUCACAGACCUUGUGAUUGAGAUUAUUCUCCUUCUGCCUUUGCCGUCAGUUAAGCGCCCCUGAAACCCACUGCCCCCCCGUCUGUUGCUGCUUUGCCUUGCAGCAUAGAUAUCAUCUGCGUUUAAUUUUAUUUUUUUGUAUUAUCCGUGCGUUGGGGGGGGGGCACGUAUUUUCGUUUUCCCUCUUUUAUUUUGUAAAAACGGCAGUGUUCCGAUAACUCAACCUGUAGAAUAAUGUGCUAUUAAACCAAUAUAACUUA